AUGUUCGCCAUUUUCCGUGGCAGACGACUCAGGCUCCCACCGGAUCUCUUUAUUUUCGCCACCUCUCGGUUUCGGACUUCUGAAAAUGCAGUCAGGGCGUUCACCACCGGGAAACCACCGCAAGGUGUUCGCGAAAAUGACCCUGAGAAAUCCUUUACCUUCUCCUACCUCGUCAGCUCAUGCGGGUUGGCCCCAGACGCCGCCGUCCGCGCCUCCAGUAAACUCAGGCUGAAAUCGCCUGAAACCCCAGACGCGGUCUUGAAUCUCCUCAGAGAGUACGGAUUCACGGCCGCCGACAUCUCUAUGAUGGUCUCCCGGUGGCCAAACAUUCUUUCUGCCUGCCCAGACAAAACCCUUUUGCCCAAGCUCGAAUUUUUCACCUCCAUUGGCGUCCCCCUCUCCAUCCUGGCCAGCAGGCUGUCCCGGAACCCUUCCAUCUUAUGGCACAGCCUUGAGAAGUCGAUCAUCUCCUUAUUCGAUUUCCUGAAAAACCUGCUCGGGUCGGAUGAGGGGGCCGUUCAAGUCUUUAAACGGGCUCCCCAGUUCUUCGGCUGGGGCCGGGUCGAAGACCUCUCGUCCAACUUCUCGUUUCUUUUGGACUGUGGGGUCCCUCGGCCAUCUCUCGUGUCACUCGUCACGUACCAGCCAACAAUCCUCAUGGCUCCUAAGGAGAAGUUGUCCUCGUGCGUGGGCCGAGCAAUAGAAAUGGGGUUUGAUGUGUCCAAAAUUGCAUUUUUGGUGGCCGUUAAGGUUUUUGUGAGUUUUGAUGAGUCGACCCUCAAGCGAAAGAUGGAGAUUUAUAGAAAGUGUGGCUGGUCGGAAUCUGACAUCAGGACCGCCUUUCUGAGUUAUCCACUCUGUAUGGCCUUCUCCGAGAAGAAGAUUCUGGAGAGUAUGGGUUUUCUCGUUGAUAAAUUAGGGUGUGCACCAGGUGACGUGGCUCGGUGCCCUUUGCUUCUUGGUUACAGCAUCAAAAAGAGAAUGAAGCCUAGGUGGGCGGUUGCUAGGGUUUUGAGUGAGAAAGGGCUGAAGAAUGUGUCUGUCAGGACCUUGCUGGGACCGUCCGAUAAGAUUUUCUUGAAGAAUUAUAUCGAGAAGUACAAGAAGGAUGUUCCUGAACUUUUGGACAUUUAUCGAGGUAUUCGAAUCCUGGCCCGCACCUCCUGA